AUGAUGAUUAAUGGAGGCUGCUUUUCUGCUAUUAUUACCAUCUAUUUCUGCCUCCUUAUCCACACUCUUGCUUCUACUUCGCAACACUUUUGCCGCCACGACCAGAGGGAUGCUCUUUUGGAAUUUAUAGACGAGUUUCCGAUUGAUGCGUCUUAUCCAAGUUCGUGGAAUACGAGCAUCGAUUGCUGUCUUUGGGAUGGUGUCACCUGCGAUGAUAAAUCUGGCAAGGUGAUAUCACUCGACCUUAAUAGCAUUUCUCUCAACAGCUCUUUGAAAACCAAUAGUAGCCUUUUUAGACUCCAUUAUCUUCGUCAACUAAACCUUAACGGUUGCAAUCUCCAAGGAGAGAUUCCUUCUUCGCUAGGAAACCUCUCUAGUCUCACAUUUCUUGACCUUUCUUACAAUAGUUUGGUAGGUGAGAUUCCGGCUUCAAUAGGCAAUCUAAACCAGCUCAGAAACCUUAGCCUUUGGGGUAAUGGUCUCAUAGGAGAGAUUCCUUCUUCACUAGGAAACCUUUCUAGUCUCUUAGAUCUUGAACUUCAGGGUAAUCAUUUGGUAGGUGAAGUUCCGGCUUCCAUCGGAAACCUUAAGGAACUAAAAGUCUUGAUGGUUGGCUAUAACAGAUUAAGUGGCAAUAUUCCGAUUUCAUUUGCCAAUUUAACCAAGCUUUUCUCUUUAAGCAUCAGCUCUAAUAGUUUCACAUCAUCAACCACAUUUCCAUAUGACAUGAGUGGAUUCCACAGCUUGGAGUAUGUUGAUGCUAGUGACAACUCAUUUCUUGGACCUUUCCCUAAAUCCUUGUUCUCGAUUCCUUCGUUACAAGGGGCUAAUUUGGGAGGAAACCAAUUCACGGGACCUAUAGAGUUUCCGAAUACAUCUUCAUCAUCUAAGCUUCAGGAUAUAUCUCUUGCUCGUAACAGAUUCAAUGGCCCAAUCCCAAAAUCCAUAUCUAAAUUUCUCUACCUCGUAAAGUUAGACCUUAGCCAAAACAAUUUCACUGGGCCAAUUCCUAGUUCUAUAUCAAAGCUCGUCAACCUCAACUGGUUAUAUCUCAAGGACAACAAUUUUAGUGGGACAAUCCCUAGAUCUAUUUCAAAUCUAGCCAACUUAGAGUAUCUUGAUUUUUCCAACAACAAUUUGGAAGGUGAAGUGCCAGGUUUCGUAUGGAGAUUGGCGGGGCUGACGCUUUCUCACAAUUCUUUCAGCAGUUUGGAAAACCCUUCACAAGAGCCACUGAUCAAACAGUUAGAUCUGAAUUCAAAUUCACUCCAAGGACCAUUUCCUUAUUGGAUCUGCAAGCUUAAAGGGUUAACCUUGUUAGAUUUGUCCAACAAUCUCUUCAGUGGCUCCAUUCCUCCAUGUUUAAUAAAUCUCAUUGAUUCUUUGACAGACCUGAUUCUCCGUAACAACAGUUUCACUGGAAUUCUUCAAGAUAUAUUUGCCAAUGCUACCGAAUUACGAUCCUUGGACGUUAGUCGUAACAAGCUGGAAGGAAAUUUUCCAAAGUCAUUGAUCAAUUGCAAAGCUCUGAUACUUGUGAAUGUGGAAAGCAACAACUUCAGAGGCAAGUUUCCAUCUUGGUUAGGAUCUCUGCCUUCAUUACAUGUUCUCAUCCUCAGAUCAAACGAGUUCUAUGGGCCGUUGUAUCAUCGCGACGUGUCCAUUGGGUUUCAGAGUUUAAGAAUCAUUGAUAUAUCACGCAAUGACUUCACUGGUACUCUCCCACCUCACUACUUUUCCAACUGGCGUGAAAUGGCCACAUUUACCGACGAAAAUUACGUGUACAUGGAAAAUCUCCUGAAUUAUUCUAGUGUUUAUCAGUCGAUGGAAAUGGUGAAUAAAGGAGUAGAUUUGAGCUUUGCGCGAAUCCGACAAGACUUUAGAGCUAUGGAUUUUUCUGGAAAUAGAAUUUCUGGCAAAAUCCCUGAAUCCAUUGGUUUUUUGAAGGAAUUGCGACUUCUUAACUUGUCAGGUAACGCGUUCACAAGCGAUAUCCCGCGAGUCUUGGCAAAUUUGACAAAGCUCGAGUCAUUAGACCUAUCCCGUAACAAGCUGUCUGGUCCAAUCCCUCAAGGUAUUGGUAAACUGUCCUUUUUGUCAUACAUGAACUUCUCUCAUAACCUUCUCCAUGGUCCAGUGCCACAAGGCACACAGUUUCAAAGACAGAAAUGUUCUUCGUUCUUGGACAACCCUGGACUUUCUGGUCUCGAAGAUAUAUGUGGAGAAAGCCAUGUUACGAAUCCUACAACUUCAGAACAACAUGAGGAAUCGGAGGAACAAAUGUUCAACUGGGUAGCAGCUGCAAUAGCCUAUGGACCUGGUGUUUUCUGCGGAUUGGUGAUCGGACAUAUCUUCACGUCACACUAUCAAGAGUGGUUCACAGAAAAGUUUGGUCGGAGAAAACUCAGAGGCACUAAAAGAGCUCGUUAA